CGUUUGGCCACACUAUUUUGUGGGUAUUAGAAAUUUGAUCCCCGUUUUUCUUCACCGCCACUGCCUCCAAUGAAAUGCACACAGGUUUUUCACCAUCUUCAUUCCUCUUAUCGAUGUGUUUCACUAACAAAUCGAAAAGCAAAACAAUCUCAAUAGCCCCCAAAAAAAUCACCAGUCCCUCUUCCUUUGCCCACACUUCAUCGUCUUCCUAUUAUCUCUUAAAUUGGUUUUCAUAGUUGGAGAUUUUGUUAUUCAUUGGAACAGACAUGGAAUAUUGCUUGUCACCGAAUUGCAAAUAAUGCAAUCAGAGAUGAUGAAGUAUUUGUCGAUUAGGUUUCCACGGAUACUCGCCAUUUUCCCACCCACCUCUACUGCGUAAACUGAAAACCCUUCGCCGACUUCCAAUUUCCUAUUGCUCUUGCUCAAAACCACCACCGACCCAUGUCGAAACUCCCCUAAUUUCACCUCAUGUUCGUUAUCUUCGGUGACAAUGGUUGUACAGGGAAGCCAUCUAGGCCAAACAAUCGCCUACUUGAGUGUGACCUGAUCAAUCGCUAUCACAAUCCCAUUAAUGACAUAGAUAGCAUUAAACAAAUCCACACCAACCGUCUCACAGGGGAAGGCGCUUCUUUCGUCCUUGCAAGGCGUGGAUUGAUACUCGGUUCCUCUCAAAUAAUGAGUGCCACAUCAUCUCUUGGGUACAAUCAUCCAUAUCCUUAUCAAUGGCAUAACAUCCGGGAAUCACUUGCCAGUCAUUUUUGGAGCAACAAAUUAAUAUAUUCAGUGAAACUGGAGGAGAUGGUAGGGAAUCUGAGAUCCUGGGAUGUGAAACUCUGUGAUCUGGAAUUAUUGGAUAGGCCGGAAGUGAAACUGGAGGAGAUGGUAGUGGGCCCACGUGUGGGGAUAGAUUAUGCUUUGCUUGAAGGUGCUGAUGCAUUAUGGAGGUUUGUAGUUGCAGGCAAGCUUUGUAUAAAAUGUGAUGGGUUUUUAGGCAGGGCAGAGGCAAAGAAAGAGGGAAAAAAGUGGUUUUUUUCGAAUAAAUAUGUGAAUGCAAAGUUGUCUGGUAAACAGAAGGUGAAGAUUGCAGGCUAA